UCACGGUCGGACUCGGACGGAUAGGCUCGCGCGGCGUGCGGUUCGCGAACCGCGCACGGCGGAGGGCACGAGGCGGCCACCGCUCUCCUCGCCGUCGGACGCCAGUGGCACUAGCGGAGCAUCUCCCCACUGUCGCCGCUCCACUCAUCGAAUCGAAUAAAGUACUGCUGCCUCCCAGUUCCAGGCUCCAAAAUCCCUCUCCCCCCCCCCCCCCCUCCGAUCUGAUUCCAUUCCCCACCUCCUCCGAUGCCAUCUCGCCGCCGCUCCUGAGCGCCCCCCGCCCCUCUCCCUCCCUCCCUCGCCGCCGCUCCGGAGCCGAAGGCGAGCCGGAGCCCUAGCCAGGGAGGGCCCCGUCGGCCAUGGCGUUCUGGUGGCCGCUGCUGGUGCUCGCCGCCGCCUACGCGCUCUGCCGCGUCCUGCUCUUCCUCAUCCCGCCCACCGUCCCCUCCAUGGAGGUCGACGCCUCCGAUGUGAUGGAGGAGGUCAACCAGAACAAGGAAGACAGCUUCAUCUACGUACCAAGGAAGGGGAAAGCUGCUCAGACUGAUAUGGUUCGAUGCUACGAGCCAGCUACUAUGAAAUACUUGGGAUACUUCCCUGCUUUGACUCCUGAUGAGGUCCAGGAGCACGUUGCACAAGCUCGUAAAGCACAAGAGGUAUGGGCAAAAAGUAGCUUCAAACAAAGGCGGCAGUUUCUCCGUAUCCUUCUGAAGUAUAUACUUGAACAUCAGGAUCUGAUAUGCGAGAUAUCAUCUCGGGACACUGGAAAAACUAUGGUUGACGCUUCAUUAGGCGAGAUAAUGACCACCUGUGAGAAGAUUCAUUGGCUUCUGGAUGAGGGUGAGAAGUGGUUAAAACCUGAGUACAGAUCUUGUGGGAGAUCAAUGCUGCACAAAAGUGCAAAAGUUGAAUUCCACCCUCUUGGGGUUAUUGGUGCAAUUGUAUCAUGGAACUAUCCUUUCCAUAAUGUCUUCAAUCCGAUGUUGGCUGCAGUAUUCUCUGGUAAUGCAGCAGUUAUAAAGGUUUCAGAGCAUGCGAGUUGGUCUGGCUGUUUUUAUUCUCGUAUCAUACAAGCAGCUCUGUUAGCUGUUGGUGCCCCAGAUAAUCUGGUUCACAUAGUAACUGGUUUUGCGGAAACGGGUCAAGCUCUUGUAUCUUCAGUGGACAAAAUAAUAUUUGUUGGAUCACCUGGUGUUGGAAGGAUGAUUAUGCAAAAAGCAUCCGAAACAUUAAUACCUGUAACUCUUGAGCUUGGUGGCAAAGAUGCAUUUAUUGUGUGCGAAGAUGUGGAUUUACCCAAUGUUGUUCAAGUUGCUGUGAGAGCUGCACUGCAAUCUAGUGGACAAAACUGUGCCGGUGCUGAAAGAUUUUAUGUCCACAAGGAUAUCUAUCCUACCUUUGUUUCUCGCGUAGUGAAGAUAAUCAAAUCAAUAUCUGUUGGCCCCCCAUUAUCUGGCAGAUAUGAUAUGGGUGCAAUCUGUAUGAUAGAGCACUCUGAGAGACUUCAGAAUCUUGUUAAUGAUGCUCUUGACAAAGGUGCCGAAAUUGCUGGCAGAGGGAGCUUUGGGAAUUUGGGUGAAGAUGCUGUUGAUCAAUUCUUCCCCCCAACUGUUCUAGUGAAUGUUGAUCACACAAUGAAAAUUAUGCAGGAAGAGGCAUUUGGGCCGAUUCUACCAAUCAUGAAAUUCUCUUCUGACGAAGAGGUCAUCCAACUUGCAAAUGACUCUAAAUAUGGUCUUGGCUGUGCUGUUUUUUCGGGCGACCAGAAGCGUGCCAUCAAAAUAGCAUCUCAACUACACUGUGGUGUUGCAGCAAUCAAUGACUUUGCUUCAAGUUAUAUGUGUCAGUCUUUGCCCUUUGGUGGUGUUAAAGACAGCGGGUUUGGAAGAUUCGCUGGCGUGGAAGGCUUGCGGGCCUGCUGCCUUGUAAAGGCAGUCGUAGAAGACAGGUGGUGGCCAUAUGUGAAAACAAUGAUCCCCAAGCCCAUUCAGUAUCCCGUCUCGGAGAAUGGAUUUGCAUUCCAGCAGCUGCUCGUCGAGACUCUGUAUGGCAUCAGCGUGUGGGACAGGCUGCAGUCGCUCGUGAAUCUGUUAAAGAUGAUCUCGGAGCAGAAGUCUCCUAUAACCAGGAGGAAAAGCCGGUGAGCAGGGACAGAACUGUUCUGUUCAAUGUUCUAUGGUAUCAGUUUCGCUGGUGAUGUUCCUGCCGGUGGGACUAGUCUUUUGGCUGUUGUCCCAAGGUGCCAAGCCUGACGGGGAUCAGGUUCAGAGCAAGGCAGCAUUUACCUGAAUGUAAAACGCCCUUUAGUACUAGUGCUUAUCCUAGAAAGUGAAGAUCGCAGACGCCGAUGUAAGCCCUGGAUUCGAUUCUCACCUGCAUGAAUGUAAAUGUUGAAUGUGUUUGCUGGGACAUUCAUCUAGCAUAGCACCUCA